UUUCAUGAUAGACACGUGACACGUGACUAAGAGUCACUCUCGGUUACUCUAUCAAAUGCUUGAAGACACCAUUUAAACUGGCUACGCGCCUCUGAGGAUGAUAAACGCUUCCCUAAGAGUAACUCUUGAGCCAUGUACGGGUGGUAGUAAAUGAACGAACCUGACAACUUUUUGUUUGACAUUUCGCGAGGUCGGCAUUCCGCCAUUUCUCUGUUGCCGUGCCGUAGUGCGCGUCUGCCUAGCUUCUUUCCGUACCCGUGCCCGAUAACCGGCGAUGGCAUCGCGCAAGCGGAAACCUUUGACUUUGAGGGAAAAGUUGAACAUCCUGGCACUUGUCGACCGGGAUCCUAAACGGAAAAGAAUUGACAUCGCCAAGGACCUCGGACUGCCUGCGUCGACGGUCAACACGGUCGUGUCGAAACGAAAGCAAAUAGAAGAAAACGCCCUGGUCUUCGGUGCAGCGACGAAACAGGCCCGCGGAGCAAAGCACGGAGAGUUGGAGGAUGCACUGCUUAAGUGGUUUAAGCAAGCACGGGCGUCUGGUGUGAACUUCGACGGCAGCAUUCUGCGGGAAAAGGCCAUGGAGAUAGCAGACAUCAUGGGUAUCGAGGAUUUCGCAGCUUCGAACGGCUGGAUGGACCGAUUUCGGGUUCGCCAUGGCAUCUCGUACCGCCAAGUGAAUGGCGAAGCAGCCAGCGUGAAUCCGGCGGAUAUUGAAAACUGGAUUUCAUUGCUUCCGGGCAUUGUGAAUGCCUACGCCCCACGCGACGUCUACAACGCCGAUGAACUUGGCCUGUUUUUCAAGGUGCAACCCACGAAGUCCCUGAGUUUAAAGGGGGAGUCGUGCCACGGCGGGAAGGUCAGCAAGGAUCGAGUAACCGUGCUGCUUUGUUGCAACGAAGAUGGCACGGAAAUGAUCAAGCCGUGGAUGAUCGGGAAGUGGAAGAACCCGACAUGCCUGAAAAACCUUGCUCGGCUUCCUUGCGUGUAUAAGAACAACACCAAGGCUUGGAUGACCUGCAGCCUCUUCGAAGUGUUUCUGCGGUACCUCGACGGCCGACUGGGGUGCAAAGACCGGAAGGGGCUUCUCUUUUUGGACAACUGUUCGGCUCAUCCGAAGGACACGUCGUUCCUGCGCAACCUCCGAGUCGUCUUCCUGCCGGCGAACACGACGAGUCACCUGCAGCCUCUGGAUGCCGGGAUCAUCAAGAACGUGAAGCACCUGUACAGGAAGUGCAUCGUGCGACGCUUCUUGGCUCGCGUCUCCCGAGGCGAGGACCCCGGCAAGCUCACGUUGCUUGAUGCAAUGCAUUACCUCAAUGCAUCGUGGGAAAGCGUGACCAGCGAAACAGUCAAGAACUGUUUCAGGAAGUGCGGGUUUCGGCGUUCGCCAGAAGUGGAGGAGCCCGAGCCCUGUGUGAGCGGUGACCCCGACCCCUGCGAGACUGAAGAUGACAUGGACGAGGAGCUCCGAUCCGCCGGUGCGGAGCUGGCGUUCAGCGAUUUCGUCGCUGUGGACGACGACGUCCCAACGUGCGACCCCCAAACCGUUGCUGACAUCGUGGCGGAGUUGCGACAGGGCCAAGUUACCGGAGACGAGCACGACGUCGACGAGGAUGAGGAUGAGCCAGAAACUCCUCCAAGAGCUACUUUCGCACAGGCGGUCGCUGCACUGGAUGUGCUGCGGAGUUACUUUGCCACAAAAGAUAACCCUGCAGCCGAGGGAGGUCUGCAGACGCUGCAAAAGGAAUUGUUCCUCCCAAAAGGUCAAGGUGCGCGCCAGCAGAAGCUGACGGAUGUUUUCGGUAAAUGA